GCACGCACCGAUUUUGGCAAGUCGACUGUCAUGGAACUCUUGAGCUCUCAUUUUUCAUUGUCCUUGAUCUUUAGCAAACCACAACCAUGGAGUCUGUUGCCAUGUAUGAUCCAACGAUGGCCAAGGUCAAACCAGAGAGCGUAAAGGAUGGACCAGAAGACUUACUAGCACCGGCGAAGAAACUGAAUGCUUCCAUGCAAACGAGUACUAGUACCGGUAGAGGUGCUUUCCUUUUCGGUAUCACUGCUCUUCUUCUGCUGCCUCUUAUUGCCAUCAUCAGCUCAAACCGAGGGACGCCAUCAACGACACAACCACUCUCUGCUGUUAUUGUACCGGUAGCCACUCAUGACCCUUCUCUGAGUAUGAGCAACAUCCAAGUUGCAGCCAACACCCAAGCUUCGACCCAUACCCAAGCUGCAAGCGACGCAAAUCCGAAGAAAAAACGAAAAAGAAAGUUGAAUGAUAACAUCACUACACGACCACCCGCAUUAGGACCACCAGCUUCGGCGCCGACUACAACUCAAGGGACUGUGGAAUUGUUUGGGACAAGGUACAAUGUCGCAACUACCUCGCGAAUUGAUCAAAGUUUUGCUGGGCUCACGGGUACCAUUUCAACAGACAUUGGCUUGUUGACUCGAUUGACUUCCUUGAAUUUUCAUCGCAACCAGAUUUCAGGAACGAUUCCAACAGAAACGGGAAUGCUGACAGCGCUGACUCUUCUAAGCGUGUGGGAAAACCAGCUAACAGAAAGCAUACCAUCUCAGAUUGGGCUAUUGACAGACUUGAAUUUCUUGGGCCUUGGUGACAAUCAACUGUCAGGAACCAUUCCUUCUGAGAUUGGGUCUCUAGCAGAAAUGGUUUCCCUGAGUGUGAGCAUCAAUAUGCUAUCUGGGACGGUUCCAUCCCAGAUUGGUCUGUUGACAUCAUUGGAAUACAUGUGGUUGGACGACAAUGAUCUCUCUGGCAGUGUACCGAGAAGUCUCUGUGCCAACUCGGAAUUAGCCCUGAUAGUUGCGGAUUGCCCCCCAGAUCCCUAUUAUGUGCAAUGCCGAUGUGUCGAAUGUGAAUGCUACGUCCCGGGGUCCACUCCACAACCACCACCGGGCACUUCUCCCAGCACAGUUACAAUAUUUGGGAGCAGCUAUGAUGUUGCGGUUACUUCUCAAAUAGAAAUCAGCCGUGAGGAUUUUCUGGGAACGAUUCCAACUGAGAUAGGAUAUCUGACAGAGCUAACACGCUUGAGCUUGCCCUAUAACGAGAUAUCAGGAAGCAUACCAUCGGAGAUAGGGGCUCUGACUGCAUUGACUUAUUUGGCCUUGUAUGUCAAUGACCUUGUUGGUACCAUUCCUUCGCAGGUUGGAUUGUUGACUGGAUUGUCUCACUUCAACGUGGAAGAGAAUCGGUUAUCCGGGAGCAUGCCAUCUGAGUUUGGACUAUUGACGGCAUUGACGUACUUGGGCUUCAAUGGAAACCAACUCUCAGGAAGCAUUCCUGGAGAGGUUACGUCACUGACGAAUUUGAGAAGCUUUUUCUUGGACGACAAUCAAUUCACUGGAAGUGUGCCCAGCAGGCUCUGUGGCAACUCAGGAUUGGCAGUGAUACGUGUGGAUUGCACAGAGCCCUAUGAUGUUGCCUGUUCCUGUCCUGAUUGCUCCUGUGAUUGAUUUAAUUUUGCCAGGGGCUACCGAUCAGCUGAAACAUGACAGUAGCAGCUAAUGUACAUGUAUUAGAGUCACUUACACAACUGUGUGGGGCAAUGCGCCGCGCCUCACAGCUAGAUGAAAGCACACAUCCUUGCCGGUGAGAAGGCGCUCCGAAAAUUGGUUCGGUUCCCUUUGCUUCCUGGCUUUGUAGAGGCA